GGCGCAGGAUGCAGUUUCUGUCACCAUCUUGAGUGACCACAAAAUACAUCAACUUCAAAGACUAAACGCAUUGCAUUUCGGAAAUUUUAUCUCUUUAUGAUCUAUGUUUUUACUUGACCUUUUCCUUACAAGCUUGCAUCUUUUAUCUCCGUAGAAGAUAUUCUUCCUUCAAUUUUGAUAAUCUACUUCAUUCUAGAGAACAGACCUAUGGGAAGGGAAGGAAAAGAGAUAGUUGUAGCUGAAUCAUCUUCUCAAGUGCACCAAAACGCUUCCCUUCUUGAUCACCAAGAUUGUGGAUUUGUGGCAGAAUCUGCAGCUAAUGAUUGCGAAAGAGCAGGAGGGAAUUCAGUUGACAGAGAUGCAGCACUUGCACAGAUUGCAAUGGAGAAGAAAUUUGCUUAUAUAAAAGCGUGGGAAGACAGUGAAAAAUCAAAGGCAGACAAUAAGGCAUGCAAAAAGUUGUAUGCAGUUGAAGCAUGGGAGAACAUAAGAAGAGCAUGUAUCGAAGUCGAAUUGAAGCAGAUUGAGGAGCAUUUUGAGAAAAAGAGAGCAGCCUAUGAAGAAAUAAUGAAGAACAAGAUGGCUGAUAUUCACAGGUCUGCAGAAGAAAAGAGAGCUGCUGUUGUUGCUAAGAAAGAAGAAGAUAAACUCAGGCUAGAAGCAGCUGCCGAGAAGUUCCGGGUAACUGGGAAUGCACCCAAAGUUACUUGAUUACUUUGCUGUUAAAUGCCCUAAAUUUAGGUGAAAACUUCAAUGUGGAUAAAAGUACAUUCAUGCUAUUGAAUUCAUGUUAACUUGUAAGUGUAGGAGUUGUUUAUAUUUGCUUCAUUAUGAAUAUUUUUCCUCGCAACUUAUAUAUUAUGUUGCUUUCUUGA